GUUUGCAUGCGCCUGCAAUAUCAAAGUGAUAAGUAAAUCGUUAUAUUCGGUUUAACAUAAAGUACAAUAUAGUUAUCAACUUCGUAAGAUUAACCAAGAAGUGCUAUUGAAAUGGAAUUCCCAAAUCUUGGUGAACAUUGUUCGGAGCAAUCGUGUAACCGUUUAGAUUUUUUACCUUUUAAGUGUGACGCUUGUGCAGCAAUUUUUUGUACGGAUCAUAUUUCAUAUGCUGACCAUUCAUGUCCUAGCGCCUAUAAAAAAAAUGUUCAAGUACCAGUUUGUCCGCUGUGCAAUGCACCUGUUCCAUCGAAACGCGGCGAUCCUCCUGACUUAGCAAUUGGAUUACAUAUUGACAAUGAUUGUCGAUCAGAUUUUGGGAAAAACCGUAGAAAAAUCUUUUCUAAUAAAUGUUCUUCAAAAGGGUGUAAAAUCAAAGAAAUUGUUCAAGUAAAGUGCAAGGAGUGUAAUAAAAACUAUUGUUUGAAGCAUAGACAUCCAACAGACCACUCGUGUAUAGGAAAGGAUGAGUCACUGAGGCUUUCAAGAUUAAAUUCAUUGAAUAAGUCGACGCAAAAUAGUACAAAUAGUGCAAAUUCUUUUAAGAUUUUACAGGGUACAAUAAGCGAAGACGAAGCUUUGGCUAGAGCAUUGGAAGCUUCUCUUCAAGACGAAAAACAUCAACAGCAACAAUCAGUGAAAUCAGUACCUUGGACCAUUAGAGAAAACUGUAGAUUAUCAUAAAUUCAAAUUUAAAAAUUAUU